GGGGUUUCCGACGGACAGCGGCAGGAGUGGGGGGUCCGUUCGCCGCUUGACUCUCCUCCGCAGAGCUCCGCAACAAGUGCUGCAGGAGGAGCCAGCUCCCGACGGAGGCGAGAAGCGAACAUCCAGGACGGGACCGAACCCCACAGGUUACAGGUGAUCCGCGGCCCCGCGGCGGAUGCGCGCGCAGAGAUGCAAGCCUCGCUCUUCACGCUCGUCAGCGUCCUGGCCGCUGCAGUCGGCCAGGAGCCGGACCACGCCCACGGCUGCGCCCAUGGAAGCUGCUAUCCGGCCACAGGAGACCUGCUGGUUGGACGAGAAAAAGACCUGAAGGCCUCGUCCACAUGUGGAAUGCGACGGAAGGAGCCGUACUGUAUUGUUAGUCAUUUGCAGGAUGAGAAAAAGUGCUUUGAAUGCGAUUCCAGGCGGCCGUAUAACCCAGUAUACAACACCAUUAACCACCGGAUCGAGAACGUCAUCGCCACCUUCAAGCCUCACCGCAAAAACUCCUGGUGGCAGUCGGAGAACGGAAAGUCUGAUGUUUUCAUCCAGCUGGAUCUGGAGGCAGAGUUUCAUUUCACUCAUCUCAUCAUGACCUUCAAGACUUUCCGUCCAGCAGCCAUGCUCAUAGAGCGAUCGGCAGACUUCGGCCGUACCUGGCAGGUGUAUCGUUACUUUUCACACGACUGCGACGCCUCUUUUCCUGGAGUUUCCCACGGUCCUUUGCGUAACAUCAAUGACGUCAUCUGCGAGUCACGCUACUCUGACAUCGAGCCAUCAACAGAAGGAGAGGUGAUCUACAGAGUUCUGGAUCCGUCCAUCAGGAUUGAGGAUCCAUACAGUCCUGCCAUCCAGAAUCAGCUGAAGAUCACCAACUUGAGGGUGAACUUCACCAAACUCCACACCCUGGGAGACAACCUGCUGGACCCCAGAGCCGAAAUCAAGGAGAAGUACUACUACGCCAUAUACGAGCUGGUGGUGCGCGGAAACUGCUUCUGCUACGGCCAUGCUUCAGAGUGCGCCCCCAUCAAGGGCGUCCGGGCAGAUAUAGAAGGAAUGGUUCACGGGAGAUGUGUUUGUAACCACAACACCAAGGGUCUGAACUGCGAGCAGUGUGACGACUUCUACAAUGACCGGCCGUGGAGGCCGGCCGAGGGCCGCAACACCAACGCCUGCAAGAAGUGUAACUGCAACGACCACUCCAACUUGUGCCACUUCGACAUGGCGGUGUAUUUGGCCACGGGAAACGUCAGCGGCGGGGUGUGUGACGAGUGUCAGCACAACACCAUGGGACGCAACUGCGAGAUGUGCCAGCUCUUCUACUACAAAGACCCCCUCAAGGAUAUUCGGGACCCUCAUGUCUGCAAACCUUGUGAUUGCGAUCCGGACGGCUCAGAGAAUGGAGGAAUGUGCGACAGCCACACCGACCUGGCGCUCGGCAUGAUGGGAGGUCAGUGCCGCUGCAAGGCCAACGUGGAAGGCCCGCGCUGUGACAAGUGCAAGACCGGCUUCUUCGGCCUGAGUGCAGACAGCGCUCAUGGCUGCCAGCCUUGCCGUUGUGACCGCAGAGGAACCGUGACCGGAAGCUCGCAGUGCGACCCGGUCAGUGGAGACUGCUUCUGCAAGCGCCUCGUGACGGGGCGGAGCUGCGACCAGUGCUUGCCAGAACACUGGGGGCUGAGCCACGACCUGAACGGCUGCAGAGGCUGCGACUGUGAUGUGGGAGGAGCGCUGGACAACCUUUGCUCCAUGGAAAGCGGUCAGUGUCGCUGCCGCGGUCACAUGACAGGACGCCAGUGUACACAGGUGGAGUCUGGGUAUUUUUUUAUGGCUCUGGAUCACUUCCUGUAUGAGGCUGAGUUUGCCAAAAUGGGGCAGGGCUGUACUUUAGAGACCAGGGAGCACCAGUCGGGCCGCCAUGCCUCGUGGACAGAUGUGGGCUUUGCCCGAGUCCCCGAGGGCGGCACCCUGGAGUUCACCAUCAGCAACAUUCCUUACUCCAUGGAGUAUGAUUUGCUGAUCCGCUACGAGUCUCAGAUGCCUCGAGACUGGGAGGAGGUACAAAUAUCCGUCAUCCGUCCAGGUCCGAUUCCCACUAGCAGCCCCUGCGGGAACACCAUCCCAGAUGACGACAGACUCCUGGUGUCCCUCCCGGCCGGUGCCAGGUUUGUGGUUCCUCCUCAGCCUGUGUGUCUGGAGAGGGAUGUGAUCUACACACUUCGCUUUGAGUUCACACGCUACCAAGAUGCCAACAGCAUCCUCAUCGGAGGAUCCAACGCCAUCCUCCUCAUGGAUUCUAUCGCUCUGAUGCCUCGUCACUCCUCCUUAGAUAUGUUUACUGCGGGAGAUCCUGCCUCUGCGGUCAGAAAGCAGACCUACGAGCGGUACCACUGUCACGAGGGCGCAAAGAGCGUGAUCCGCCCACAGAUGAGCGACACCUGCGCCAAACUGAUCAGCAGCAUGUCGGCUAUUAUAAACGAUGGGGCUCUGGCUUGUAACUGCGACCCGCAAGGGUCCAUGAGCUCCGUGUGUGAUGUCAGAGGGGGCCAGUGCCGCUGCCGGCCAAAUGUGAUCGGCCAAAGGUGUGACAAGUGUGCACCGGGAACCUACGGCUUUGGACCCUCGGGCUGCAUACCCUGCGGCUGCAGUCUGGAGGGUUCAGUGACCCGACUUUGUGACAAGUUUAGCGGUCAGUGCCAGUGCCGGCCCGGAGCGUUCGGUCAGCGCUGCGACGGAUGCCAGGCGGGACACUGGGGCUUUCCCAGCUGCCGGCCCUGCCAGUGCAACGGCCACGCAGACCAGUGCGACCAGAGGACCGGAGCGUGCAUCAACUGCAGGGACAACACCGGAGGAGACAAGUGUGACAGGUGUGCUGAUGGGUACUACGGAAGCCCCGUUUUGGGAGGAGCAUCCGGGGCUCAGUGUCGCCCCUGCCCCUGCCCAGAGGGACCCAACAGUGGACGUCACUUUGCAGCAUCUUGUUACCAAGACAACCGUAACCUACAGAUUAUCUGCAACUGUAACCAGGGUUACACAGGGAUUGUAAAACGCUCCGGGGCGACCAUUUUUAAGCGAGCGCGCUGUGAGGAAUGCGCCCCAGGUUACUAUGGCAACCCCUCCCAGCCAGGAGGGCGCUGCCAGCCGUGCCAGUGCAACAACAACAUAGACAUGUCAGACAUGGACGCCUGUGACAGGCGGACUGGGGAGUGCAGGAAAUGCCUCUACAACACCGAGGGCCCCAACUGCAACAUCUGCAGGAGCGGAUACCACGGCGAUGCGGCGCGCCGCAACUGCAGGAAGUGCACAUGCAACUUUCUGGGGACGGAGCGCAGCCAGUGCACGGGGCGGGAAGACUGCGUGUGCCAGCGAGCCUCCGGGCAGUGCCAGUGUCUGCCAAACGUAGUGGGUCUGACAUGCGACCACUGCGCCCCCAACCACUGGAACCUGGCCAACGGGAUGGGCUGCGCGCCGUGCAAUUGUGACCCCAACAACUCUGUCACAUCCUCAUGCAACGAGUUCACGGGUCAGUGUCAAUGUCGGGAUGGCUUUGGGGGCCAAACCUGCAGAGACUGUCAGGAGAACUUCUGGGGAGACCCCAGGACCAUCUGCAGAGCUUGUGACUGUGACUGGCGAGGGAUCGAGACCUCCCAGUGCCACAGAGCGACCGGUCACUGCGUCUGCCAGCAGGGGGUGUCCGGGGUCCGCUGUGACCAGUGUGCCAGGGGCUUUUCCGGCCAGUUCCCUGACUGCCAGCCCUGUCACCAGUGCUUUGGGGACUGGGAUCGGAUUGUGCAGGACCUGGCGGUGCGGACCCGGGCCCUGGCGGAGCGAGCCCACGAGAUUCAGACCACUGGACUUAUUGGGCCUUAUGAGAAAUUCUUCAAAGACCUGGAGGAGAAACUGGCUCGAGCUCAGGGGAUCGUCAACGAACGCAACGCCACGGCCGCCGCCGUCUCUGCUUUAAUGGAACUUAUUGAAGAUCUUAGGGCACAAAUCGGUGAAACAACCGACACCCUAAACCGCCUCGAAGGAGACUUAACACUAGUUCAGGACAGCAACUCUGAGGCCAGCAAGGAGCUGAGCGCUCUGGAGAGGGAGGCCAAAGAGCUGAACCUGACCUCGGAGCAGCUGCAUCACCAACUGGACGUCCUCAAAAACUCCAACUUCCUCGGUGCGUAUGACAGCAUCCGCAGCUCCCAUAACAGGUCUCGCGACGCAGAGCGGCGUGCAAAUGAAUCAACCACAACCCGGCCCAGCACGGUCAGCCAGUCUGCAGACACUCGCCGCCGUACCGAGCGGCUCAUCGCCGCCAAGAAGGACGACUUCAAUCGCAAAAACGCUGCAAACAAGCGCGGGCUGGGAGACCUCAACGCCAAAGUCCAGGAUCUGGACAUGACGAGGCUCAACGAGAAGGUCUGCGGGUCGUCGAGUCACGAUCCUUGUGGAGAGAGCCCGUGUGGAGGCGCAGGAUGCCGUGACGAUGAUGGAAACAGACACUGUGGAGGCCUGAACUGUGACGGAGCUGUGGCGGCGGCUGACGAUGCCCUGCAGAAAGCCAAGCACGCAGAAAAGGAGCUGAACAAAGCCUUGGAGGAGACACAGGGACUCUUCACCAAGGUUGCAGAAGCGAAGAGCAAAGCAGAGGAAGCGAAGAGUAAAGCACAGGCGGCGCUGGACAAAGCCACCGCCACCAAGAACAAAGUGGAGCGCUCCAACAACGACCUGAGGGACCUCAUUAAGCAGAUCAGGAACUUCCUCACUCAGGAGGGAGCGGACCCGGACAGUAUCGAGGCAGUUGCCAACCAGGUGCUGAGGCUCUCCAUCCCCGCCUCCCCGUCCCAGAUCAGAGAACUGGCCGAUGAAAUCAAGGCGCGCGUCCGCAGCCUUUCCAACGUGGAAGCCAUCCUCCAGCAGACGCAGGAGGACGUCCGCAAGGCAGAGCAGCUGCUGCUGGACGCCAAGAGGGCCAGGCAUCAGGCGGAAGGAGUGAAGAGCACAGCGGAGGCCGUCACUCAGGCUUUACUGGACGCUCAGACGGCUCAGACGUCAGCGGAGAAGGCCAUCGCCAAAGCAAAAACUGACAUCGGCGAGGCGAGGAAUCGCCUGACUCAGAUUGAAUCAGAGACAUCCGACAACGAGAAAGACCUGAACGACGCCAUGGACCGCCUCGGCACUCUGGGACGGGAAAUCAACAUCCUGAAGACAAAAUGUGCGGAAAACAACAUGGCAGCGGCCCGCGCCGAAGAGACGGCCACCAUGGCUCGGGACAAGGCGAACGAAGCCAAGCAGAUUCUAGACGGCCAGCUGACAGACAAAUACAACGAGGUGCAGCAGCGGGUGGACACCAAAGCCAAGGCGGUGCAGGAGGCCAAGGAAAAGGCGGAGACUUUCCGAGAGGAGGCAAACGAUUUACUGAAAGACGCUCAAGACAAGCUGAAGAGACUUGCAGAGCUGGAGUUAAGCUACGAGGAGAACCAGAGGAAGCUGGAGGGAAAAGCUCGACAGCUGGACGGCUUGGAGGGAAAAAUGCGAGAAAUCCUCAACGAAAUCAACCUGAAGAUCCGCAUCUACAACACGUGUCAGUAACUCCAGCGCUGCCUUUACAACCCCCGGACGCUGAAGGAGCCUCUGUAGGUCGGGGCACACGUCGUGCAAACAGGCUGGCCUUUUAGGUUUUGUGCCGAUUUUGGACUGAAGUGAAUCGUGGAGGUGCAUAUUUAAGAUUUCUGCAUCACAGCUUUCUGAUUUACACUCUAUCUUGUGCAUUCUGUUUUUGUAUGGACAGUAGCAUGUUGUGCUCCUCAAGUACAAAAUCUCACCUUGCUGGAAACAUUUCUUGCAUUUCAUGUUAAAAAAAGGGCGGCAGAGGCCCGAUUCCUGUGAAUGUUUGAGCAUUGAUGGCUGUAAUUAUAUGUAAAAUAAAAAAAUAUAUAUAUAUACUAGGAUUUAUUUUACCCCACACACAAACCCACAUUUUUAAAACUAUUUUUUAGGAACACGUUUGUAUUUAUGCAGCACAGCAAACUGGAAUAAUCAAAAUUUGUGUUGAAAGAAGAUGAAGUCUAUAUUUUCUUGCAAAACUCCUUAAACUUCAAGUGAAAAUGGGAAGAACUUUUCAAAUCUGUGAUCACAUAUGGUGGUUCUGCAUCACCUGUAGAAUUUAGUGCCUUACAUAGACAGUACUAUGAUGUCACCUGAUUGUUUUUUUUUUUUUUUUGCAUGAGAAAUGUUGCCUAAUAAACAGCAGUAAAGCCAAAAAUUUUACUUUUCAGUAAAUCGAUUGUCGUUUAAAAAAGGAGAAAAACCAAAGGAUACCUGUUAAGUUUACUGGUAAAUAUAUUUGCUGAAUAAAAUUGAAAUAAGCUAAAGUUUUUUGUAUGUAUUAAAGUGUUUUUUAAACAUGAAA